AUGCUAACAAGGCAAAUACAGAGGUGAGUCAGUCAGCAAUGAAGUUUGCUCAAUGUUCAUUAAGUUAGAAUUACUCCUCUUAUUCAUUACUGUCGAAAACGCUGUUUGCUUAAGUUGGCCGUUGCUUUAUAACCCCUGCGUUGUAAGAGAGAGGAGACUGUGACUUUUUUAUUGUUUGUGUUUCUAAUUUGGCUUCUUCCUCUUCAGCACUAAUGGAAGCAAGCAGCAGAGUGAUGGUGCAGGUGCUGUUGUUGGCGUUGGUGGUGCAGGUCACCCUGUCCCAGCACUGGUCCUAUGGGUGGCUACCAGGUGGGAAGAGGAGUGUGGGAGAGCUGGAGGCGACCAUCAGGGUGAGUGAUUUAAUUUGACGCUGGAAAGUUUCAGGAAUAAAGGUGUCUUUGUAAAUUUUAAAGAUAGUUGAACAGAAAUGAUCUUUUUUUUAGGAUACUUAAGCCUGUCUUUUUAUUUUUUUUAUUUUUACAGCCCCUUGAAGGUUUUACUUGGUAGAUUUUGUCCUAACAUUGGUUUUAAGUCCUAAAAUUUGAGUUUCAUUGUGUUUAGAUGAUGGGCACUGGAGGAGUGGUGUCUCUUCCCGAAGAGGCGAGUGCCCAAACCCAAGAGAGACUUAGACCAUACAAUGUUGUAAGUGCUUAUUAUACAUAAUUUAUCACCAAUGUCUACUUCAAUUGUACAAUAUUAAUGUACACUACACCACUGUGUGCCACCGUGCUCCACAGCAGCAAUGACAAUAUACAAUCUGCUCAGUGACUGCUUUUAUUUGUCCCUUCUUGCACAAUUAAAUAUGUGAAUGUUUAAUUUCCAUGUUUUGAAUGUUAGCCCACGCGAUGCUUGUUUGUUCAGGCUUGUUUGGCAUCUCGUAUUUAUUAAUAUACAAUUAAUGUUUUCUCUUAUAAAUAUCUAACUGAGAUUGACCUUUAAUUCCUUCAGAUUAAUGAGGACUCCAGUCAUUUUGACCGCAAGAAAAGGUUCAAGGAUUACUGAAGAGCUUAAAAAAAACACACAAUCACACACACAGACUGUAUUUUCAACAACACUUGUGAUGGAUCAUCAGACUUCAACAAAUCAUCACAUUUACUUCACAGAUGUCUGUAUCGUUUAAAUUCAUUUCUGAUUGUAAUAAAAGUUUAAAAUCCGUUAAUUCUGUUAAA